CACGCACACGCACGUACGCAAGCACACACCGUUAAAGGCAACAGAUGGCUACUUUGUUUGAUUGAAUAUAAUCAUUAAUCAUUCAUCUCUUGGCACUCACGCAUUAUCUCGAAUCUCCACGUUUUCAGGGUGGCAACCGAGGCAACGCUCUCUCAACCCGCGCUCUCAUUGGACGAGUACGACGCCCGUCACUCCCCCGAUCCGUCGGAAGUGCGUUCUCGUUCUGCGUCUCCCUGCACUCCGCCAGUCACAACCCGCCUGCGAUUUCGCAUUAUCGGCCUCUUCUUCACGCCUUUGAACGGGUGCGCAAAGCGGGCUGUCGAGAAGACGUACGGGCUCGCACGGUAGCGAGGCGGCAUAUAUAUGGCCUUGGAUUAUGUUGCCGUUCCGAGUGAUGUGGGAUUCAACUCUGCCUCUGCUUUAUAAUAACCAGCCUCAGGAAUGAGCCGAUAUGCUUUCUUACUUGUAAUUCAUUCGCCGAGAUUGAGUGUAUGUGGAACAGCUAGUUUAACACCUUUCAAAAGACAUCUUUUGUAGACAAAAGACGGCUGCGAAGUAAUACUCAAAAAUUCAAGAGGUCUCCAAUCUAUGGAGAAAGUUGGCAAGAUGUGGGGUAACCUCAGGAAUCGAUGCCAAGCUCUCUUCCACACCGAUGGCUCAGAGUCCAAUUUGUGUAGCCAGGAUGUCAAUCGUGUCCUCUGUGUGGUAGACUCAAGAAGAGGAGCACGAGCAAGUGAACCCAGUGGAACUAGGUCUUCCACCCCCUCACGAAGCUUGUCACCUCUCCCAGUGGUAACUGGAGGUCGCAGAGGCCAUAACUGUGUUGCAGAUAUUCCCCAGAUUGUUGAAAUCUCUAUUGACAAAGACAGCGAGGAUGCACGGAGGGGCCCUCAUGUGCGUAGGGACUCCUACUCGCGUCAUGCUCCCUGGGGAGGUAAAAAGAAGCAUUCAUGCUCAACUAAAACGCAAAGUUCACUUGAGGCUGACAGUCGAACAGGGCGCUCAAGAGGAAGUACGGCCAGGAGGGAGCGUCGCUAUGGGAUUAGCUCCAUCCAAGAGAUUAAUGAUUCUGUAGGAGCUGGCAGCAGUGGCCGCAGCCUUAGUGCCCGUUCCUUGCGCAAGCGACUUAAAGAUACUGUAGGCCUGUGUCUUCCCUUGCCCACACACCACCGCUCUCAAUCUGCGAGAGGUCCGGUGUCUUCUAAACGGAAGAUCCACCUGACUGAACUGAUGUUAGAAACGUGCCCUUUUCCACCUGGUUCCGAUUUGGCCAACAAGUGGCACCUUAUCAAGCAGCAUACGGCACCGGUCAGCCCUCAUUCCUCAACUGCUCUUUUGGAUGCAUUUGAUUCAGCACAUCCCUCCCCAGAGGAUGAGGAAGAGAGACUCCGUGAGAGACGCAGGCUUAGCAUAGAGGAAGGAGUGGACCCUCCUCCGAAUGCGCAAAUCCAUACACUGGAGGCGACUUCACAGAGCUCUUCUGUCUAUAAACUUGGACCGAAGAUGGCUCCUGGUGUUGGCGAAGGACUUGGAGAGGGCAGGAGUAUGGGAACAGUCUCUUCUAUUUCUGGAGGCUUGUCCGGGAUUGCCGCACAGGUUGCUGCGAGUAUGGCAACGCCAGCCCACUCUGUCGACUGUGACUCCGAGGAGGACUCAACAACCCUCUGCUUACAGACAAGGAGACCUAAACAGAGGCACGCCUCUGGGGAUGCUCAUUGCUCCAGACAGCAGGGGCCUUGGAAGGUCCACACGCAGAUAGACUACAUCCAUUGUUUGGUGCCUGAUCUACAGGCCAUAACUGCACUUCCCUGUUAUUGGGGAGUGAUGGACCGGUACCAAGCAGAAGCACUGCUGGAUGGACGACCAGAAGGCACUUUCCUGCUUCGUGACUCUGCCCAGGAGGACUAUCUGUUUUCUGUCAGUUUUCGACGUUACAAUCGUUCGCUGCAUGCACGCAUUGAACAAUGGAAUCACAACUUUAGCUUUGAUGCGCACGACCCUUGUGUCUUCCACUCUUCCACCGUUACAGGCCUACUGGAGCACUACAAAGACCCCAGCGCCUGUAUGUUCUUUGAGCCCCUUCUCACUGCUCCCCUACAUAGGACCUUACCCUUUAGCCUUCAGCAUCUGGCGCGAGCCGCCAUCUGCAGACAAACCACCUAUGAUGGCAUUGGUGCCCUGCCGCUGCCGCCAACGGUGCAAGACUUCCUCAAGGAGUAUCACUACAAACAGAAAGUACGGGUACGCUGGCUGGAAAGAGAGCCACCACUCAAGGUCAAGUGAGGUCUGGCUUUGUGCCUGACCGAGGCAGAUGUAGUGAAGGCAGGAUCCCUGCUGCCAGAGAAGUGUGGCUCGUAUUAUCCAUCAUACAUCUGGCUUAAGACACACAGCAGUGGAGGAUGUUAUGAACUCACGCCAAUAUUUUUGUUAAUACAACACAUGGAAUCCAUAAGUAUGAUGCAAAGCAGUACAUGUUAUCAGGCUAGCUUAUGUGCUUAAGCCUUGAGCAUUGCUCUUUAUGCUCCCAGCUUUUUCUUUUCUAGUGUUUUGCACUAUUUUGAGCAGUAUAAAAAAGCAUUACAUUAAGUAGACUCCUGCUUGUUUAGCAAAUCUGCAUAAGCUUAGUCCAGUGUUAAAAUAUAUUCAACUAAUUUGUGGAACUCUUCAUACCUUGAAAUAACGGCUAGUCUGUAAAACCUGAUGUUAAAUAUCUAGAUGCAUUAACUGUAUAUUUGCUAAGUCAUUGCUAAUUUGUCAGCAAUACCUUCCUCGAUACUUCGGCCUCCUGCACGUGUCGAGUUCCCUGAGGCAGCACUUGUUAAGCACUGUGUACAUGCACAGGGUCAAAGUAAGACACACACCUCCCAGCACGAAGCAUGUUUUAUUUUUAAAAUGGUGGCAGACAGAAGUGAAAGGCAUAAUUGCAUAAAGAGGAGGGAGCAGUUACGUGUAAAAUGCUACCAUUAACUCUCACCCAGUAACCACAGAGAGUGGGCACACAGGCGCAGAGUACCAUGUGCCAUAUGAUAGAGAGGGUGUUAUUUAAAACUAGGACCUCGUGAAGUGUCAUAUCCCAGCAUUACCCUAGUUUUAAACAAUCUAUUUUACUAUUGUCUAUUUUUAUCUGUGACAGUCGAAAAUGGCACUUUAAUUGAUGUCUGUAUACCGCACAAAGACAUAUAGACUUAAGUGCAUACGUAUAAAUGGAUUAUAUUGUGUCUGUCUUUUAAUGGACCUGAAGCAUUAGAUGUCAGUUUUAACCCCUCGUUCUCCUAUAUUCUCAGCAUGAGUCACCCAAAGUAGAUGCCGGUUGAGAAGUAUCUCUUACCGAGCCUGUGCAUACGGUAUGGCUUUAUUUAAGCCAACAUGGCAACAUAUGCAACCACCUAAAGUGGACAGAGAUAGUAAUCUAAAACAUGUAUAGAUUCCCUGAUUGUUUUCACUUUAGAUAUAGUUCAAACACAGACAGAUGCCAUCACUGUGUAUAUAUUUAAUGUUUGUUGGAUUGAUGUCCGGUUCUGUCGUUAUGUGUGGUUGGUUCCACCUGAUGAUGUUGCACUUUCAAUCAUUGUAAAGCAGUUAUGCUUCCCUUGUCAAAAUUAUGUGCACUAAUGAUUGAGAUUCCCUGAACACUGUAAAAAAAAGUUUGAAAACUUUUUGUAAAUCUUUGGCCUUAGUAACAAAACCUUUCAAUUUAGGCCAACAAAAUCAUGCUUGUAUAAAAUCAGAGGUUUGGCAUUGCACUGGUGUGCUCUUGAAGUCCAGUAAGAUGUCAGCCUGUGCAGAAAAGUUGCAUAAUAUGUGUCACGCGGGACAGUUUGCAGUAUUAGGGUGUUUGGUGAUCAGCGACCAAAGGUGUGCAUCUUUAGGUUAUUGUGCAUGAAUAAUCAUCCUCCAUGACAUUUGGUUAUUUGAGCACAAUGGCUCAUGUAUCAUGUCCCGAGUCGCACUUGUUUUUAAAGCUGCAAUUAAAUACGUUUUCAGAACCUGUCCGGGAUCUUGCUGAAAGGAAGUCAUUUUGUUAGUCUUUGGGCUUUUUUCUCAAAUUUUCGACUUGAACAACCUGACUGAAAACUCAAAACAUCCACCUUAACAUUUCUUCCAACGUGUACACUGUACGCUCUGUGUACAGUUUUAUAAUAUGUCAACUUUGAAAUGGUACAUGUCAGAUGAUGUCAUUUUAAGACUUUAGCAGGAAUACUACAUUUUUCAUUGAGUUUCUAGAAAGCACAUCACUAUAAGGCACUUGGUCACAGAUUCAAAGCCUCAAGUCAUAUAAAAAAAUUUUUUUUACAGGGGCCUCAAAAAUUAAUUGACAACUUAAAAACACGCAUUGUUACUUCCAUUUCUAUUAGGUAACAAAAUGUCAAAGCAAAUGCAGUCUGCAAAUAAAUGAUGCUCUGUUUUAUUAUUUUGACCAUCUGGUCCCAAGGUCCCUUUUUUAGUGCAUGCAUAUAAUUGAUUCUUCAGUGUCAUUGUGUGCCAUAUAAUUAUCACAGUACAUCAGCUCAUCCACCAUGGUAUUUAUCAAAGUAUCUUGUUAUUAUUAACUUAUGAAACCCUGUAUCACUGUACUAUAACUAUAGUACUUUCCCUUUUGAAAAAACAGCAUAUGCUGGUUAUGAAGCAUGGUUGCUGGUUUGAGCUUUUUUACACUCAUGUGAUGAUCCUUAGCUGGUCAUGAGCAGGUUUAAUCCUGAGUGAGGAGCUAGCUGCUUGGGACCAUUUUGAAACCAGUUUACGACCACCACAUGACCAGCUUAAACCAUGUCAAACCAGCUACCUUGCUUCAAAACUUACCUAAUCAGCAUAUGCUGUAUUUUCAAUAGGGUUUUAAGGGAAACAUAAAUAACACUACUGAAAAAAAUUAUCAGAUGACUGCAGGCACAUUACACCAACAUUGAGACAUUGUCAAAGCCUCCAGAAUGCGAUUAUGAGAGAAAGCGAGCAUAAUUAUUUAGGUCCGUUAAACGCUGCCUGAACAAACCCGUUGCAUUUAUACUCAAAAUGUGUUUUAAAAGACGGUAGAAGUCAUUUGGGACUCUUUGCUACUACACAAUGAGCGCGUCUCUCCUGGCAGAGUUACGCCCUGCCUUACACGCACUAAUCACAGGCUAAAUUUAAUAUGUUAGCCUCUAAAUUUACCACCUGCUAAAAGGACCACUCUGUGUUACCUAAUGCUGUGAAAAUAGUGAAGUGCUCCAGUUUUUCCUCUUCCUCCCCGUUCUGACCACAUCCUCAUCAUCACCCACUUUUCUGGAUAUGUAGAGCUGAAAGCAGAAAGCCGGUUGUUUGUCUAGUCGGCAUGCUACGCUAAAGUUAGCAUUAGCAUGAGGCUAAAACACACAGUGCUCCAUUGAGCAACAUUGAACGCUACACCAUGGUGCCAUCGUGUAUGAAACCGCAGCUGUUAUUUAGUUAAUAGUUGAGAGAAUGUAUUGCGAGGGAAAUGACACAUCAAACUUAAUCCAACACAGUGUUCUUCAGUCACUCAGGCAAGGUUUAUUGCAUUUAAAAAAGGGGACAUAAAAUCGCAACAGUCAGUAGGCAGAAGGCAACAAAGAUGCCAGUGAGGAGUCUUAUGAGACUUCUGUGAACUCGUCUUGUGCUUACGGCCCGGGGACGUUUUUUCUUGGCUUUUAAUAGUUAACAAGUGGACAAUUGUGAAACAGCUUCUCUAUACAGAGGAGUCUGGUGUGUUUUGCCCUUUUCCCCAUGGGAAAUCUCUUAUGUCAGCCACUGUAGCACAUACUGACCAUAUGACCAUGUCAAGUAGACCCUGCUUGCAAUUUAUGCGGUGAAAUGUUGCUUGACACAUACUCAAAUGUACUUGCACGCAUACUGAAAUGUACCCACAGUUGUUAAAUGUCGAAUUUCUUGCCCCUAUGAUAACAAACAGUAUUGUCUUGAAUUUGACUUUGUGUUUAAGUUAGAGUGAAUUAUAUAAUGCACUAUAUGCUCCCGAAUGGGGCAAGGCAGUAAAUGAUCUUGAACUUACUAAUCCAACUGUUUAGUACUCUCACAGCUUUCUUUUAGUGCCAAUGUGUAAACCUCUGGGGCUUUAUUUAUGUAAUGAUCCUAAAUGUAAACACAAAAUAUUCUCAGAAAUGUUCCUACAAGCAAUUAAUACCUAUAUGCAUGUUUGCAAAUCAUAAAAAAACCCACAAGCGCUCCACUAUCUAUAAAUAUAUGUAACGGGACAAAAUUCAAUUCAUGCACAUAUUGCGAUUUUUUUUUUUUUCCGUUGUACAUGUAGAAAUGAUAAUAUUAUAAUUUAUAAAUAAGGUCCCAGAUCUUUUCGACUUUGGUGUCAAAAUUUGUGGGGUUGAGUAAUAUUUUAAUGCAAGCAGAGUAGCAUUUAACAAGAUUAUUAUUUUUACAUAAAUCAUAUCUAAUACACAGUGAGUGUGAUGUAACCAUGGUUGCAAUCUUACGUCAAUUUAAUUCUCAACGUGCACGCUUGUAUCAGUAGGUUACUGUAUGUGUGUGGUGGCUGUGCUGACAGGGCUUGAUGAUGACAGGGGCUAAUGGUUGUCAUUUUGCCUUCUUCGUUCUGACCCAUCACAACAGCCUUCCCAGCUGCCACAGGCUAGCCCAUAUCUAAUCAAACAAGUAUCACCAAAUAUUCUUCUCUGUUCCUUUUCAUCAUAUUGUCUCCUUUAAAGAUCUAAUGUCUCGACGAAAGAGUAUGUAGAAAACCAAGAUGUUCACAUUUUAGUUUUGGUGUUUUUGUUUGUCUUGUCUGCCUAUUUUCUUUGUUUUUCUUCGCAUAACCUGUUAUUGUUACAGCCAAUGCACUUGUAGUUGUCGCUCUUGGUGCUUUGUGAAUGCUUCAUUGUCUUAAUAUUAUUAAUAAAAAAUAUUGAGUGUAAA